CCCCCCGGCCGUCGUCCUUCUCCGGGAGGCGGCAACCGCUCCUCCUCCGCCCAUCCGAGUUGGCGGAGCCAGCAGCACCCCGGCUCUCCGGUGACGAUGGGGGACCCCAGCAAGCAGGACAUCCUGACCAUCUUCAAGCGCCUCCGCUCGGUGCCCACUAAUAAGGUAUGUUUUGAUUGUGGUGCCAAAAAUCCCAGCUGGGCGAGCAUAACCCAUGGGGUGUUUCUUUGCAUCGAUUGCUCAGGGUCCCAUCGAUCCCUUGGUGUUCACUUGAGUUUUAUCCGAUCGACAGAGCUGGAUUCUAACUGGUCCUGGUUUCAGCUGCGAUGCAUGCAGGUUGGAGGAAACGCUAAUGCAUCUUCCUUUUUCCACCAACACGGGUGUACCACGAAUGACACCAACGCCAAGUACAACAGCCGCACCGCCCAGCUUUACAGGGAGAGGGUCAGAUCUCUCGCCUCCCAGGCAACUCGGAAGCACGGCACCGAUCUGUGGCUUGAUAGUUGUGCAGUCCCAUCUCUGUCCCCGCCACCAAAAGAGGAAGAUUUUUUUGCCUCUCAUGUUUCUCCUGAGGUGAGUGGCACAGCCUGGGCAUCAGCACAGCCAGAACUGUUGUCUUCGACGCCAAAGGCCGUGGAAACCACUCCAGAAAAUAACGAAGGUGGACCUGAACAAGGACCGAGUGUGGAAGGUCUGAAUGCGCCAACCAAGGCUGCUUUAGAGGUUUCUUCUAUCAUUAAAAAGAAACCAAAUCAAGCUAAAAAAGGACUUGGGGCCAAAAAAGGAAGUUUGGGAGCCCAGAAACUGGCGAGUAAAAGCUUUAAUGAAAUUGAAAAACAAGCCCAAGCUGUAGAUAAGAUGAAGGAACAGGAAGACCUUCUGGCCCGGGCAGCGCCUAAGGAAGAAUCAAUUGUUUCCUCGCUACGAUUGGCCUAUAAGGAUCUUGAAAUUCAGAUGAAGAAAGACGAAAAGAUGAACAUCAGUGGCAAAAAAAAAAUAGAAUCAGAGAGACUUGGCAUGGGAUUUGGAAACUGCAGAAGUGCCAUUUCCCAUUCAGUGACUUCUGACAUGCAGACCAUAGAACAGGAGACACCCGUCAUGGCCAAACCAAGAAGAAAGUACAGCGAAGACAAUGACGAUUCGUAUUUUACUUCCAGCUCAAGGUACUUUGAUGAGCCGAUGGAGUUACUGAGCGGUUCUUUUUCCAGCUGGGAUGACAGUUCAGAUUCCUAUUGGAAAAAAGAGGCCAUCAAGGAUACUGACACAAUUCUGAGAACUGCAGGCUAUGCAGACAGACCUACUGCUCGCCGCAAGCCAGACUAUGAGCCAGUUGAAAACACUGAUGAGGCGCAGAAGAAGUUUGGCAACGUCAAAGCAAUCUCUUCAGAUAUGUACUUCGGAAGACAAGCACAAGCUGAUUAUGAAACCAGGGCUCGGCUAGAGAGGCUUUCGGCGAGUUCCUCCAUAAGCUCAGCUGACCUGUUUGAGGAGCAGAGGAAGCAGCCGUCAGGAAACUACAAUCUCACCAGCGUGCUGCCCGCCGCUCCCGACAUGGCGCAGUUUAAGCAGGGCGUGAGGUCCGUCGCCGGGAAGCUCUCGGUCUUUGCCAACGGUGUCAUGACUUCCAUCCAGGAUCGCUACGGCUCUUAACGCUGACGCCACGGCCUGUGUUCUGGAGAAGCCCCUCUUCAGGUGAACCAGAGGCCACACCACAGCCUGCAGGGAAGACCAGCCAGCUCUCCAGGUUGCCUGGCUGCUGCUUGUUCACCUAGUACAUAUACACGUUCCCAAUUUUAACAUUUCAUUGAGAAAUUCUCAUUUUUGAUGUAGAAGAAGCUCUGUUCUCCUCAGCCUUUCUCCCUGCAUGCCCGCCUUUGGCGUGGCCAAGCGUACCUUGCUUUGCUCUCUUGGAAUUUUUAGUCCCGACAGCAGCUGGGGGCCUGGAGACAGCAGUUCCCCUGAGUGAACACAGACAGCCUUCGCUUCCAGGGCUCAGUGCUGGGUGACUCAGCCCAGGACUCCCGGGAGCAGCGGUCUCCACAGGCCUGAAGGGACGCCGCUCGCAAACAAGCAUUUCAUUCCAAAGGGAGCAAAGAAUAAAAACAAAGUACCGAAAAUGACUGGUGUCUGGUUUGACAGGCUGCUUCAUUUGUGUGUCUGCAUACUAAGGUGAUUUUAAAUAACGUUUACGGUCAUCAUCCCUCUGUGGAUUGCUUAUUUUGUAUGAUCCAUAAACUUAAAAAUUUCUUCAGUGAGUGUGCUUUUAACAAACCUAUGUUUGCACCUUGACUAGGGGCUUGGCUUCGUCUCCUGCCAAGGCGCGGCUGUUUGAAUUUAUGGGCAGUGUAAGGCGAGGGCUCCCUCAGUGAGUUCUGAAUCAGUGGAGUGUACAGAAUUAAAGUUGGUAAGGUAAGAAGAACCCACUGCCAGCCGGCAUUUCCGUCUGUGGGAAAGAGUAGUGGUCAUUGGGUAGUUUUGCUAAUAUUUUUUUAUCUUACUCCUGGUUUUCAAAAAAUUACAGAAUGUGUAUAAUGAAUAAAGAAAAAUAAUUUGGCUGUGUUUUAGACAGCAUAGAAUAUAUUGUUCAGCACAGUAACAUAUAUGAAAUUCAAUGAACCGAAAACGUGAUUUCCACUGAAUAUUUUGUGAAUUUUUCUGAAGAGCUCAAAUUUGUAGACUUCUAAGUAUAAUAAAAAGCCGCAGCAGAC